GACAUGGAGAAGAUAAACAGAGCAGUAGCUCAGUCGCUGUUGACGUUGUGUCCAUCUGAGUUGGGCGUGUUUCUGUUCGCGGAACACUGCGGCGCGUGCCCUCUUUAUUAAAUUAACCUGCAUUUUAUCGAAGCCACAUUCCUCAGGGGAAAGCUAAUGGUCUUGACAACAUGGACAGUGGCCUGAGUCCCCAGGAUAAAAAGGACUUGGACAAGUUCAUUAAGUUCUUUGCCUUGAAGACUGUCCAGGUGAUUGUCCAAGCUCGUCUUGGAGAGAAGAUCGGCACUCGCUCGUCCUCAUCGCCUACUGGCUCUGAUUGGUUUAAUUUGGCCAUCAAAGACAUCCCAGAAGUGACUCAUGAAGCCAAGAAGGCACUGGCUGGCCAACUUCCAGGCAUCGGGCGCUCCAUGUGUGUCGAGAUCUCCCUCAAGACGUCAGAGGGAGACUCAAUGGAGUUGGAGACUUGGUGCCUGGAAAUGAAUGAAAAGUGCGAUAAGGACAUCAAGGUGUCGUAUACAGUCUACAACCGUCUGUCUGUCCUUCUGAAGUCUCUGCUGGCCAUCACCAGAGUAACGCCCGCCUAUAAACUAUCCAGAAAGCAGGGCCACGACUAUGUCAUAUUAUACAGGAUUUACUUUGGGGAAGUCCAGCUCAAUGGAUUGGGAGAAGGUUUUCAGAUGGUGCGAGUCGGCGUCGUCGGCACCCCAGUUGGCACGGUCACACUUACGUGUGCUUACCGCACCAACCUGGCUUUCAUGUCCAACAGACAGUUUGAGCGGUCGGCUCCGAUCAUGGGGAUCAUCGUGGAUCACUUUGUGGACCCCCCCGGCGGCGGCCCGAGGCCCGUGAACAUGGGGCAUCCCUGCAACUACAGAGCUCCAGAUGAAGAUGACGGAGGACAAUAUGCAGGGGUUCAAGAUUCACAGGAGGUCUGCACCACCUCCUUCUCCACCUCCCCUCCCUCACAGUGUGUGUGUACACUGAGUCCUUCGCCCUCUAAACUGUCUAAGCCCCUCCCUCUGGACAGUCUGCCGCUUCCACUGGCUCCUGGACUUGUCACUCACACUCUGUAUGCUUCCAGGUUGUCAUAUCAUCCUCCAGCUUUCGCAGGAGCUGCUGAGCUCUGUCACCCUGCUGCAAACCAGGUGUUGCAUGCUGGGAAGGAUCAUGGAGGGGUGGUGCCGGUUCCUGGCCAGCCUCCUCAUGGAGCCGACGCUCAUCCGACGGCGGAGAACGCUGCCAACACACCUGGCAGCAGCGGCGAGGAUGACGGCCUGACGCACAGCGGAGAGAGGAGGAGGAGGAGGAGGCGGGACGAAGGGCGGAGGAGCGCUUCGCCCUCGGACCCUGUGGUGUCUCUCAACGCAUUCACCAGGAAGAUCGGCGCCUUUGUCAAUAAACCCAACGCACCGGUAACAGCAUCCAGUCUGGACCUGCCAUUUGCUGCAUUUGCUCCUCGAGGUUUGGACUUGGAGGAGAAUGAUCCCAUGGUGCAGCCUCCAGACUCCCCCACCUGCCCCUCACCCCUGCAGGCCAGCCUCCAUUCUCAGGGCUCCGAGGGAUCGGGGCAGCAGGAUGACUUCGUCAUGGUCGACUUUCGUCCGGCCUUCUCUAAAGACGACUUGUUGCCGAUGGAUCUGGGCACUUUCUACAGAGAGUUUCAAAACCCCCCUCAACUGGCCAGCCUCUCGCUCCACAUCAGCGCUCAGUCGAUGGCCGACGACCUGGACUCGCUGCCAGAGAAACUGGCGGUUUAUGAGAAAAACAUCGACGAGUUUGACGCCUUUGUGGACAUGCUCCAGUAGAAGAGGACGGCAUGUGAGAAAGGACUAAAUGGGAUGGUGGCAAAUGAAAGGGAGAAGCAGACCGGAGGCUCUGUAGUCGUUUUUGUCCCCAUCGCUCAGACUAAAAAAAAAAAUCACUUGUUUUAAUGUGAAGCUCCUCAUUUCUGACAUUUUCCUCUCCCACCUUCCCGUCAGGCACGCUCCCCUCGCUUGUACAGAUCCCUGUAAAUAUUAUAUUAUCUCCUCGGACACCCCUCCUCUGGUCGUGUAGUGUUCAUUUAAAAAAAAAAAACAACUUUAUUUUCUAUGUGGCACAAAUCUGCUCACACCGACCGCGUUUAAAUCAGGAUUAAAACCGAUCGCCAGCUGUGUAAUUCUAGGACAGACUAACAUGCACUCAGUUUGUUAAACUAGAUCACCGUCAUUGAUCCACCCUCCUCUAAACACUACUCCUCCUCUGAAGGUUCCCCCCCUACAUCAUGGCCUUUCUGAUCACACGGUGGGACUCAAACCAGUUCCCUUUAAAAGCUGGUUCUUGGCAGGUAAAUUGCACUUCGCCAGAUGUGUCGUAAUUAAGAGAUGACCUGCUUUGCAAGUAUCACAAGUGACAGUCUCGUGUGGGAAACAGUCGAUUUGGGCCGUGGGUCAGUUGCCCUAGCUGGUCUGGGGAGUCAAACGGCCCCAAUUUAAAGUGAAAUCACGUCAUACUGAAGCAACUAGUUGAAGUGCAUUGGUUCCAGCUACCUAAUAGACUGAGUGUAUCAACUACAGGCUGUACUACAUGCAUAUGUAUUUUAUGUAGGGUUUUUUGUAAAACAUUUCCAUCUGUCUACACAAGAGGCCGACGUCACCAUCCAUGACCGUUGGUGUUUGGUUGAAAGCUUUAAUUUAAACUUUUCUUUGCUCUUGUCCUAAUAAAGCAUGGCUGCUCUGUUGAA